AUGUCUCAAAACGAGGGGCAUUUACGCCCAAAGAAGCUCAUCUUUGCACCGGGCGAUAUAUCAACGACCCCCGAGCUCCAAGCCACCGACUCAGCAUCUCAAUCCGCCGAGGCCCUCCGCUCCGACACCUCAACCCCAAACUCUACCACCGAAAGCGAGAUCCUCUCCCACCCCGCACGCGCCCAUCAAUUCGUCACAAACCCACCCUUAACCGUCUCCCAGCUCCAUGGCACAAACCCCCUCCACCAGUUCCACUCCUGGUUCAAAGACCCCCGCCUCGCCCCUAGCUCUGCUCCAGAAACCUGCACCCUAGCCACAGCCGAGCUCCCCUCCGGCCGCGUAAGCGCCCGCAGCGUCUACCUUAAGGAACUCGACGAACGCGGCUGGGUCGUUUACAGUAAUUGGGGUAGCAGGGAAGGUAAAGGCGGACAAGUCUUCGGGCGCGCAGAAGGUGGACCCGGAUCCACGAAUCUACCCGAACCCAGCGAAGCCGCGGUCUCUCACCUGGGUAAUAGAUGGGGUGCGCUGACUUUCAGCUGGGCGGGCGUUGAGCGCCAGGUACGGGUAGAGGGGAUUUUGGAGCCGCUGAGUCGGGAGGAGAGUGAGCUUUACUGGAGGACAAGAGAGAGAGGGAGUCAGAUUGGUGGGUGGGCUAGUUGGCAGAGUAAGGUUCUUUGGUCUGCCGAGCCGGGACAGUUGGAGGAGCGUCAGCGGAGGAAGAGUGUUGCGCAUGUGCAGGAGACGGCGGCGGGGUCGGAGGCUUUGGCUAGUUUGGAUGAGACGGAUAUUGAUGAUGGGAGGGCGUUGCUUGAGCAGCAGGUGAGGGAUAUUGAGGCUCGAUUCGAGGGUGUUAAGGAUAUUCCACUUCCGCCGUUCUGGGGAGGUGUUCGUUUGGUGCCGGAGUCUGUGGAGUUCUGGCAGGGUCGUCGUAGUCGGUUGCAUGAUCGGUUUCGUUAUGUGAAGCCAAUCUCCAUUCAUAUUCAUAUACCCGUGUAUAUAUACACAUACUCAAAGUCCACUAUGGCCUCUCCUGCGCCCAAAUCUUCCACUUCCCCCUGGAUCCUCCUCGCCCUAGCAAGCGGCGCCUUCGCCGCGCUAAACGGACUCUUCGCGAAACUAACAACGGAUGACCACACCACAUCCUUCGCGCAUUCCCUAGCCCACCUUUUUGGUCUUGAAUCCUCACCUUUCCUGGAACUACUCGUCCGAGGUGCCUGCCUGGGUCUUAACGUCCUCUGCAAUAUCAUCAUGUGGGCUCUCUUCACUCGUGCCCUAACAGCUGGACCGUCGACGGUCAAGGUCUCUAUCACUAAUACGUCGGCGAACUUCCUCGCUACGGCGCUAUUUGGUAUGAUUGUGUUCCGGGAGGCUGUUGGUGGUCUUUGGUGGCUUGGAGCGGCGAUGAUGGGAGCAGGAUGUAUCUUGGUGGGGAUGAGGGAAGGAGCUUGA